CUGAACUUCUCAAUUGUCAGCUUCUGUCCAUCAGGGAUGAAUUAUUUGAGACAUUCAGAAAGCGACACAGGGGGGUUAUGGAGCUUGAAGAAGUACAAUUGACUGCAAAUUCCUUCCACAGAAUGUUAGUGGCAUUUACUGAACAAGCAACUGGAGAAAAACUACCAGAAGGAGCAUCAGACCAAGAAAUGAUGGAAAUCAUGAUGGCAAGAUAUGAAAAAGAUCUUAUGCAUCCACUUCAAAACCUUCUUGGAGGAGAGCUUGCUCGAGCCUUACUCAUUCAGGUGCAAAAAUUAAAGCUCGACAUUGAAACGGCAAUGCUUGAGCUGAAUCAGAUUCUCAGAGCAAAUGAAAUAAAUUUUGCAAUACUUGCUGCUUUGCCAGCAUUUUUUAUUACAAUCAUACUUGCAGCUCUUCUGCAGAUUUGGUUGGUGAAG